AAUAUGUCAAGGUAGUUUAAUAUCAAAAAAUGAAUGUCUGGUAACACUGCAUUUACAGUUAAGUCAAACGCAUUUUACGUUCAGUUGUUUGAAGAGCAAUGGCGCCAGUUAAGAGCGAAGUGUGGAAAUUUUUUAAUAAAAUAAGCAAUAACUACGUUAAAUGUCAACUUUGCUGCAAAAAUUUAAAAUUUUCUAAUAAUACAUCAAAUAUGUUGCAGCAUUUAAAAUUAAAGCAUGCAACUGUAGCCUGCAAAUUGGUGACUCUGCAAUCUAGGAGUAAAGACAAUGUUUCCCUAAGUGAUGAUGACACUGAAACCAUGAUUGAAAUGCCGAAUUGCAGCAGCAAACCAAUUAAUGAAAGCCCUUUGAGUGAGGGGCCAAGCUUCAGCAGCAAGAAACCGAAUGAAAGCAGCAUGAUGGAGCUACCCAGCUGUAGCAAUAAAAAUCCUCAACCCCUCAUUUCUAAAGUCUUCCAAAAUAUUGAAAACUUUUCGCUUCAUGGCUCAAAGAACCAAAAGCUACAGCAUGGAAUAGUGGAAAUGGUUAUCAAGAAUAAUCUACCUUUUGACUUUGUUGAAGGUAUAUUAAAAUACAUUACAAAACAAAUUGAUAAUUAAUGACGCGAUGCUAAAAACUUUUUCAUAUUUGAGUUUAACGAUAGAUAUCUGGACUGAUGUAGAAAUGAAUAGCAUGCUUGGUGUGACAAUUCAUGGUGUAAAUGGGACGAAGCAAUUUAAUGGAACAAUUGGCGUUUAUAAAUUAACGGAAACACAUACUGCAUCACAUAUUUCCGAAGUUCUCAUUGCUGCUUUGAAAGACUUUUCUAUUGACGAAAAACAAGUAAUGGCUGUAGUGACCGAUAAUGGUGCAAACAUCGUAAAAGCAGUACAUGAUUCUUUUGGCAAAAAACGCCAUAUGCCUUGUUUUGCACACACCCUCAAUUUGGUAUGUGAAAACUCACUGAACGAUCCUGAAGUAAAUGCAGUUGUUGUAAAAUGCAAAAAAAUAGUUAAGUGGCUAAAAAGAAGUGUUAAAGCUAAUGAUGAUCUUCGAAAUAUGCAAGCUGCUGCCGGAGUAGCUGAAGGCAAAAUGCUAAAGCCAAUUUUGGACGUGAAAACACGUUGGAAUUCGACUUACUACAUGCUUGAACGGUUCAUUAAACUAUGUUCAUAUAUUAACCAAAUACUCCUCAACUAUUCUGACGCACCGGUAAUGAUAACAUCUAAGGAAAAAGAUGAUAUCAUCGAAAUACUCAGUGUAUUGAGACCAUUAGAAGCAAUGACUGUACAACUAAGUGGUGAACAACGAGCAACGUUAAGUCAAGUGAUUCCAUUAGUUCACUGUGGUCGGGAACAAAUAGUGAGAAUAACAGCUAAACAGCCAGUCGCUGAACAACUAAAAGAUGUCGUGUUAAAUCAGUUUGAUCGUAGAUUUGGCUACAUCGAACAUUCCUUUUUGCUAGCUGCAUCAACAUUACUCGACCCGAGAUUCAAAAUAAUUCAUUUCAAAGACCCAUUAGCGUUGUCCCCAGUUAUAAAGUUUUUACGUACUGAAAUAACAGUUGCAGAUGAUACUAUGGAAACGGGCAGCGAAUCGUCAGUGGAAUCGGUAGAGAAUGAGUUUGAUCUCUGGGCUCCUCACAAAACUCUAGUGCACAAAAGAAGGAGGAAGGACAACGAUUUUACAUCUCCACAAGAUGAAUUGAGCUUUUAUUUGAAUUGUCAGGUAUUAGAACUAAGUGGAAACACUAUUGAUGCUUGGGAAGAAAUGAAAACCGUUUACCCAAAACUGUACGGACUUUCAAAAAAGUAUUGUCAUCUACUUGGUACCUCAGUACCAGCUGAGCGGCUUUUCUCAAAAGCGGGUGCAACUGCGACCGAAAAACGCAAUCGUUUGACAACAAAACGUUUAUCGAAAUUGCUUUUUCUUCAAACUUGGUUGAACAGAGAAUAAAUUUUCUUGACUUCAAUGAAUAUAUUUUCCUUUAUGCUAAGACAAAUGAAUUUUUAAUACGAUAUUUUAAUUUUAUUUCCGUUUUUGUUUUUGUGUAUAUACCAAAAUAAUUUGAAUGUCUGAAAUAAGAAUAUAGUCUCCUAUAUUUUAUUGGUUUUAUUUUUACGCAAAAAUACAAAACAUAGUCUUUCAAGCAAAAGGCAAUUCUUUUACUUUAAGAUUGCUGUACGAAUUUUGAAAAAUUUAAUGUGCUACUUAACUUCAAAUAUAGGCCAUUUUCUCUUUUAGGAUAUGUCUGGGACUCUGUGAUAGAGCAUUAUAAUACAAGAUUCGUCGCUGAAACUUGGUUGUGGUCUUUAUGCAAACAUUGGAAUUAAUCGAUUAAUCGAUUUUUUUACAUUAAUUGCAAUUAAUUGCAAUUAUUUUUUUAUAUCUUGCAAUUAAUCAUUUGAUUAUUUAAUCGAUUAAAAAAAAUUUUUUGCCAUCCCUACACAAGAGUGAGUCACCUU